AUGCUCCUCCUCCAAGCGCUGGGCUCCAACGGUUCCGGCCAGCUAGGCAUAGGCCACAAGGACGACGUCUCCACGGCACAGAAUGUACUGUUGCCGUCUUCACUAACCGCCAGUAACACCGGUACCCACCCAGCGAAACCCCAGCCCCAUGCCAAACUCAUCGUGGCAGGGGGCAACCACACCCUACUGCUGCUCUCCUCCGGCGAGUUGUUCUGGACCGGCGACGCCUCCAGCGGCGCAUGCGGCCCCUUCCCGGACGCCAAUGAUCCCGAGACAACGCCCACAUUCCGCCCCGUACAUCUCGGUCCUCACCUACCGGAGGGAACCAAGGUUGAGCUAGCAGCAGCGACCUGGGCAGCCAGCGUGGUGGUAGUUGCCCCGCCCACGCCAGUCGACGGGGCAAGCACAACAAGCGCCACCACCACUACUCCCAGCGUCUACUCAUUUGGCUCAGGGGAUCGGGGCGAACUGGGACUCGGGCCGGGAACGGCUCGCGUGUGCGAGGCGACGCAGAUCCACAACUUUCCGCCUGUCGGCACGCAUGUGAUAGACCUGGUGGCGUCCAUGGGGCAUGUUGUUGCAGUGCUCAGCAACGGGGAGGCUUGGGGGUGGGGGAACGGACGGAAGGGGCAGCUUGGGUCGCCAGCGACGGCGGCGGUGCACGCUCCGCGACGGAUCCAGGGGGUCAAUUUCAGGGUUAUCAAGGCCGUUUGCGGGCGGGAGUUUACUUGUCUCUUCGGCGCGCCGGAGAAGGGGGACAUGGCUGUGCUGGGGUCGGACAAGUGGGGCGUCCGAUCGCAGGCUCCAGGUCCAGAGAGCUUGGCCGGGUGGAAGGAAGUGGGCGCGGGUUGGGGCUGUGUGUUCGUGCUAAAAGAGGACGGUAUGUUGCUCAGCUGGGGGAGAAAUGAUCACGGGCAACUAGCCCCCGAAUGUCUCCCACGCAUCAGGAGCAUUGCUGUCGGCAGCGAGCAUACGCUGGCAUUGACUGAGGAAGGCGAUGUCCUGGCCUGGGGCUGGGGAGAACACGGAAACUGCGGCCCAGUGUGCGAUGUUGACAAGGGCAAGGGGCACAGAAAUCGGAUCGCCUCGACCAAGGCUACCCUAGCCGCACAGGGAGCUGAAAUUACGAUGCUUGGUGCCGGUUGCGCAACAAGCUGGGUUGUCAUGGAGAAGGUCACCUAA